AUGGCUCUUAACACAAACCCUGUUUAUAUUGUCGCUGCUGCCAGAACUCCUGUUGGCAGUCUUCUGGGCUCUCUUAGCUCUUUGACUUACCCUGAGCUUGGUAGCCACGUCGUUAAGGCUGCUUUAGCCAAAAUCCCCCAGAUCAAGCCCACCGAGGUCGAAGAAAUUGUCUUUGGCAACGUCUAUGGUGCCAAUGUGGGCCAGAACCCUGCUCGACAGGUCGCUCUCAAGGCCGGUCUCGGCAACGAUACCAUCGCUACAACCGUUAAUAAGGUGUGCGCAUCUGGUCUUAAGGCCAUCAUUUUUGGUGCCCAGAACAUCAUUACUGGUACCGCUGAUGUUGUUGUUGCUGGUGGUGCUGAGUCCAUGUCCAAUGUCCCUCACUACCUGCCUGAUUUUAGACGCGGUAUUAAGUUUGGUGGUUCCACAGUUGUUGACGGUAUGCAACGUGAUGGUCUGCAGGAUGCUUAUGACGGUCAGGCUAUGGGUGUUUCUGCCGAUUUGUGCGCCAUUGAGCACAACAUUUCUAGAGAGCAACAAGACGAUUUUGCCAUUGAGUCGUAUAAGCGCUCUCAAAAGGCCCACAAUGACGGAAAGUUCAAGGCUGAGAUUGCCCCAGUUGAGCUUCCUGGAUUUCGGGGAAAGCCCGGCGUGACCGUCUCUACAGACGAAGAUGCUUUCAAGCUUAAUGAGGAAAAACUUAGAUCUGCUCGUGCUGUUUUCACCAAGGAUGGUACCGUUACUGCCCCCAAUGCCUCGUCUAUCAAUGAUGGUGCCGCUGCUGUUGUUCUCAUGUCUGCUCAAAAGGUUAAAGAACUUGGUAUCCAGCCCAUUGCCAAGAUUAUUGGUUGGGGUGAUGCUGCCCAAGAGCCCGAAAAAUUUACCACUUCCCCGUCCCUUGCUAUCCCCAAAGCUUUGAAGCACGCCGGUCUCAAUAUCAAGGAUGUCGACUUUUUUGAAUUUAAUGAAGCUUUCUCUGUUGUUGGUCUGGCAAAUUCUAAGAUUCUUGGUCUUUCAGCAGACAAGGUCAAUGUCUAUGGUGGUGCCGUGGCCAUUGGUCACCCCUUGGGAUGCAGUGGUGCCCGUAUCAUUGCCACUCUUUUGUCUGUCCUGACUCAAGAAGGUGGUAAGAUUGGUGCUGCUGCUAUCUGCAAUGGUGGUGGUGGUGCCAGCGCUCUUAUUGUUGAACUCGUCGAGCCUUCAUCCAAGUUGUAA